AUGGGUUCCCAGGUUUCGAAACAGGUUGAACGAAGAAACUCAAUUCGAGCUGAGAAGAAAGUUCUGUUCGAAAUGAAACAAAGCAAUGGAUCCGAAUUCCCAGGUUCAGACUAUCAUCCCUCGGACAGGAAGAACUGGAUGUUGAGCCUGAAUCCCGACAAAGUUCAAAUCAACCAGAUUGUGUGGCCUGGUACACAUGACUCUGCAACAAACAAGAUUGGAUUCCCGUUUGUAACUCGCCCUUUUGCGCAAUGCCAAUCCCUGUCAAUCUAUCAACAGCUUGUAACGGGAACCCGGGUACUCGAUAUCCGGGUUCAGGAGGAUCGUCGGGUCUGUCAUGGCGUCCUCCUCGCCUACAGUGUUGAUGUCGUGAUUGAGGAUGUUAAGAAGUUUCUGUUGGAGACACAGUCCGAGGUUAUAAUCCUCGAAAUGCGAACAGAAUUUGGACAUGAUGAACCUCCAGAUUUUGAUAAAUAUUUGGAGGUUCAGCUUGGUGAGUAUCUUAUACCACAAGAUGAUCAAGUAUUUGGGAAGAAAAUUUCCGAAUUAUUGCCUAAGAGAGUUUUCUGCGUGUGGAAACCAAGAAAAUCACCUCAGCCAAAGGCAGGUGGUUUGCUUUGGAAUUCCGGGUAUUUGAAAGAUAACUGGGUCGAUACUGAUUUGCCAUCGACAAAGUUCGAGAGCAAUAUGAAGUAUUUGGUCGAGCAGCAACAGGUGACGGCUCGGAAAUUCUUUUACAGGGUCGAGAAUACUGUCACUCCACAGGCGGAUAACCUGAUACUGUGUGUUAAACGUGUUACAGAUCGGAUUCGUCCAUAUGCAAGGUUGUUUAUAUCUCAGUGCUUCUCUCGGGGCGUUGCUGAUCGGUUGCAGAUUUUCUCGACUGAUUUCAUUGAUGAGGACUUUGUCGAUGCUUGUGCUGGACUUACCAAAGCAAGGGCUGAAGGAAACGCUUGA